GCUAUUUGUUUACUUUUUUGUAACAAUCAGCUGAUUGAAAAUUGAUUUUAAAACAAAUUUUGUUAUUUACUUGUUGGUUUUUAUAUUUACUUUUGUGUUGAUUGUAAUCAGUUAAUUGUUGAUUUAAUUUCUUUUCCAUGUUUUUGUCUGUCCUUCACCUUUUUCCAUUAUCUCUGAACUUUUUUAGAUUAUCUUUAUUGUCAUCAGAAAUGUCAACUCAACGACAAUCUAAUUGCAGCUCAGAAUUUAAUAGUAAUUGUAUUUUCUGUCAAAUUGUUGGUAAAAAAAGCGAAGCUUCAAUUAGAUAUGAGGACUCUAAUUUUAUCGCUUUUGAUGAUAUCUCUCCGGCGAGUGAUGUUCAUAUAUUAAUCAUUCCCAAGAAACAUAUUAAAGAUGUUAAAUCAUUAACUAAAAAUGAUCUUUCACUGGUUGAAAACAUGAAGCAAAUCGCCAUUGAUUUGGUCAAAGAAAAACAAUUCAACAUGAAUACUACAAGGCUUGGAUUUCAUCUUCCUCCGUUUAAUUCAAUUGGUCAUCUUCAUCUUCACUUGAUUUAUCCGACAAAUAAUAUGACCUUUUUGAAAAGAGUUCAAUUCAGACCUGGAUCUUGGUGGUUCACUGAGAUUGAACCAUUUUUAGACUCAUUAAGAGCAUCAACCUAAAUCCCGGAAAUUUAUUGGUCGUAUUAUUCUGAUUAUAAAUACCAUAACAAUUAACACAAUAAUCAAUUUGAUAAUUUUAAUAACUAAUCAAUUGUAAUCAGAUUUUAUUCAAUUCAAAUAAUUUGCUAAUCAGAAAACAUCGAAAAAAGUUCAUUUGAUUGCUCUGAAUCUCAUUAUCGGUGGUGAUUUUUGUUUUCUAGAAGAUUUUAGUGGUUAAUCGCUGCAAUUAACUGAUCUUAUUUCAAAAGAUACAAUUGAUUGUUGACUGAAAGAAUAAAGAUUUUUAUAACCUCAAUCAAAAUGUCCUCA